UAGGAUCUCAGAUGUUGCGGCAUGGUUUUUUCUCCAUCCAAUCUGCAAUUGAGGAUAAACAGUUCAGAGACGAUAAGUCUAUGUUGCUGGACAAGGAGAUGCUCCAAAGGUUCUAUAAAAACUCGCAACCGCUAGAGAAGUUGAACGUGACCCCACCCUUGCAUUCAGUUCUAAAGGAUGCCAUCGAAUCGUUCAAACCGAAAGCCAAAGGAGGGUUCCAACCGUUUCGCAUGUUCAACAACGCACUGUCACAGUCGGCGAGUGGGCGUCUAAACAAAGGGCAACUCACACUGACCGCGAAGAGCUCCUUGGAACACACUUCUCCUAAAAAGAAGCUUGCAAGUACAAGUACGCAGCCCAAUACACAAGCCAGCUCUGAAAAAGCGUAUAGAAGCAGUUUUGGGCCCUCACUCCAAGAAAAAGGGUUUGUCAGGUCAAGUAGUUUUCUGAUGCGAGGGAUCAGCUUUCCCAAUUCUAAUUUAAAUGAAGAAUCGUGUAGACCGCGGCCAAUACAGAACACUUGCUCGGCUCCUGAAGUGGAGUGUUUCUCCAGUAAUAUGGACAUGUUUGCUAUUCCCCGUCUCUCAGAUAGUGACCAUGCAGGCAUGAGUAGCAGCGGUUGCACUACACCCAAGAAGAAGAGCAACAAGCUGUCUUCGUAUUCGUUUGAUAUGUUUGGCCCGCGCCAACGGAGAGAGUCAACCCAAGAUCAGGUACAAUUCGGCGAACAACUGCGAAGGCCGAUCACUGCGCAAUCGAAGGCUAAAACGGGCACAAGUCUCAAGAAGAGUAAAAUGCUCCGGAAGGGGUCGGUGAGCGCCUCUAAAAAGAAUGCCGCCGUUAAACGGGCCUCGCACCCUUGCAUGGGAGAUGGUCUUCUAAAUUCGAGACUACCCUUUCUGACCAGUUUAAGACCGGCGAAGCAAAUCUUGAGUGAAGUCGACUCACUCAGUGUGAUGUGUCAGAAGAUUUAUAAAAACCUACCGAUGCAAUACAAGGAGAUGGUACCGGGUGUCAGCAAAUUCUGUUUUCAGGGUAGCCAUUUCAUCGCAUGGGCUACGGAAAACGAUACAAGAAGCCGCAAUCAAGCGAUUGACCUCGGAAAUGUUCUGCUUCUAUCUGGGAUGAUAUCCAACAUAUCUUCCGACGAACAGACUUUCAAAACCGAAAGUCUCUUCGCUUUAACGGCGUCGUGCACGGGUUCAGCAACAUCCGAGAUCGAGAAUCUCUGCUCAAGAACUUCAGGCUCGAUGCAAAGGACGACAAUGAAUGAAUUACUUCAGGAUACAGAAGGAGUUGAAGCUUUGUACCAGUUUUUGAGCAAAGAAUAUUGUGAAGAAGUUCUGCUCUUUGUUCUGUGUGUUGUAGGCUUCAGAGACACAGCAGAUCGCGAAGAGACUAUCGAGAUCCAGGCCCAAGAGAUCUUCGACACUUUUAUUUUACCAAACGCUAAGCUGCAAAUAAACAUAUCGCAACAACUCCUAGACGAAGUAUCGGCUUCUAUGGAAACGAAAGCGUUUUCUCUGGAUAUGUUUGAUGUAGUGGAGAGAGAAAUGAUGGUCAUCCUCGAACGAGACAAAUUUUCGCGUUUCAAAAAAGAGUAUUUCGCCACAGCCAAGCAAGGUCUGACAAGGAACGUUGGGACCAUUGGGUAAAUCUGUGAGUGUUCAUAUGUGCGAUCAAGGCUUAAUAGCGGAGUGACUACUUUAGCCACUUGAAAGAGUGGCUGACAAGACAACAUACUACACUGGUAUAUUGUAUAUUGAAUCAUCAAGCUUAGUUUCAGCACUUAGUCGUAGCUGCAGAUGAGGGUGAAGUGCCUUUAUUAGAUUUCCUUCCCUUCCACGCGAAAAAAUCAAUCGCCGUAAAAUAUACUUGGUCUGUGAUUCAAGGGCGAUUGAGCAACGAUCAUGAAUGAAGGAGCCAAAUAUUGCGUGCGAGAGCAAGAAUAAAAAUACCACUCGCAUUCAUUUUAUUGAACUCGAAGUAUGUAAAAAGCC